GGUGACGUGAUUGGUUGGCGCUGGGGCGGCGGACGGUGGAGGGGCCUGGCGAGUCUUGGUUUAAGCCAGUGCUGGACUUUCCCCUUCCACGUUUCGAGGCCGUGGCGGGCUGCAGUGGGAGGGGACCUGGCUCGGCGGAAACCUGGAUAUGGUUUUAAGGGUCGUGGGGUUGAGAAAGGGUGACCGGAAGUGGCUUUGGGACUGACCGGAAGCGAGGCCUGGAGGGGAAAGGGAGAGCGAGUCCCGGGAAGGAGGGGGCUUCCCGCAGAAGGGGGCGGAGGAAAAGGUGCGAAAGCGGCGAGGGAGAGCCUGGCAGGUUGCAAGUCGCUGCUGCUGGUCUGUCUGUGGAUAGCAGCUAGCGACCACCACGAGCUCAAGAGGGCCCCAAAGAGUGGGAGGGUGAGAAACCAGGGCUGCCUUUGGGCAGUCUGGAAUAGCUGAGCAAAAGGGACCUCGCGCUCCAGAGAGCUGGGCGGGAAGGUUUUCGGAAACCCGGGCAGCUAAAGGCGGGGAGCCGAGGGCACAGAUUAGUUGUGCGGACAGUGCUGGUCGGGCUUGGGAGUAGCUGGUGGGCACUGCGUGGAAGAUCUUGGUUUGGAGUUUUCUACAGUAGACUCACGCUCCGCUCCUUUGUACAAGAAACGCUGUCUUCUGAGGGCAAGGAAGGCGCCAGGAUGGCCUGGGCUCUGAAACUGCCUCUGGCGGAUGAAGUGAUUGAAUCCGGGCUGGUGCAGGACUUUGAUGCUAGUCUGUCCGGGAUCGGCCAGGAACUGGGUGCUGGUGCCUAUAGCAUGAGUGAUGUCCUCGCACUGCCUAUUUUCAAGCAGGAAGAGUCAAGUUUGCCUCCUGAUAAUGAGAAUAAAAUCCUACCUUUUCAAUAUGUGCUUUGUGCAGCUACCUCUCCAGCAGUGAAACUCCACGAUGAAACACUGACAUAUCUCAAUCAAGGACAGUCUUACGAAAUCCGAAUGCUAGACAAUAGGAAACUAGGAGAACUUCCAGAAAUCAAUGGCAAGUUGGUGAAGAGUAUAUUCCGUGUAGUAUUCCAUGACAGACGGCUACAAUACACUGAACAUCAGCAGCUGGAGGGCUGGAGGUGGAACCGACCUGGAGAUAGAAUUCUUGACAUAGAUAUCCCAAUGUCAGUGGGUAUAAUCGAUCCUAGGGCUAAUCCAACCCAGCUAAAUACAGUGGAGUUUCUAUGGGAUCCUGCAAAGAGGACAUCUGUGUUUAUUCAGGUGCACUGUAUUAGCACAGAGUUUACUAUGAGGAAACACGGUGGAGAAAAAGGUGUUCCAUUCCGGGUCCAAAUUGAUACCUUCAAGGAGAAUGAAAACGGGGAAUAUACUGAGCACUUACACUCAGCCAGCUGCCAGAUCAAAGUCUUCAAGCCCAAAGGUGCAGACAGAAAGCAAAAAACAGAUAGGGAGAAAAUGGAAAAACGAACACCUCAUGAAAAGGAGAAAUAUCAACCUUCCUAUGAGACAACGAUACUCACAGAGUGUUCUCCGUGGCCUGAGAUCACAUAUGUCAAUAAUUCCCCAUCACCUGGCUUCAACAGUUCCCAUAGCAGUUUUUCUCUUGGGGAAGGGAAUGGUUCACCAAACCACCAACCAGAACCACCCCCUCCAGUCACAGAUAACCUCUUGCCAACAACGACACCUCAGGAAGCUCAGCAGUGGUUGCAUCGAAACCGGUUUUCUACAUUCACAAGGCUUUUCACAAACUUCUCAGGGGCAGACUUACUGAAACUAACUAGAGAUGAUGUGAUCCAAAUCUGUGGCCCUGCAGAUGGAAUCAGACUUUUUAAUGCAUUAAAAGGCCGGAUGGUGCGUCCAAGGUUGACCAUUUAUGUUUGUCAGGAAUCCUUGCAGUUGAGGGAGCAGCAACAGCAGCAGCAGCAGCAGCAGCAGCAGAAGCCUGACGAUGGAGACUCAAAUGGUACUUUCUUCGUCUAUCAUGCCAUCUAUCUGGAAGAAUUAACAGCUGUUGAACUGACAGAAAAACUUGCUCAGCUUUUCAGCAUUUCCCCUCGGCAGAUCAGCCAGAUCUACAAACAGGGACCAACCGGAAUCCAUGUGCUCAUCAGUGAUGAGAUGAUACAAAACUUUCAGGAAGAAGCCUGUUUUAUUCUGGACACAAUGAAAGCGGAAGCCAAUGAUAGCUAUCAUAUCAUAUUGAAGUAGGAGUGAGGUAUUUGAUGCUGAAUGGCGCUGCUUCCUUCACCUCUUGGAAAUUGACCUCUUGCCAGGGGUCUGUGAAUAAAAAUUUGAAGGUCUACAGGAACUGUACCCAUCUGACCGUGGGGGGCUGGGGGGUAGGGAGCGGGCCAUGAGGAGGAAUCCCAGCUUUCUGUGUUGGCCUGAGCUGUGUGAUACCCACAGAUUACUGCCCAACCUGCAAUUCUGCAGCUAUUUCCUAGUUAAAAUUUCUGGACUUUGUUGUUGUUCGAUAUCAAUAGAAACGCCCCAUCAUUUGUUAGGUUGUAUGUAGGGCAUAAUGAUGAUGGAAAUUGUGUGAUGUUUAAUGAAAAGAUGUUAAAUUUUGUGAUUUGGAGCCAUGUAAUUUUUUUCUAAUAUAAAAAUGAAUAUCUAUAUUCAUAAAACUAGAUCCUCAAUGUCUUUUGCAUCAAACACACAAGCAUCUCUGCUUUUUUCCAUAAUUGAUCCCUGAGAACCACAUCAAAGAAAAGAAAUAGAGAUAGUAAAGCAUUUUUCUUUUGGUUCCCCUGUAAUAAUACUAUUAAUAACAAUUUUUGCUAAUGUUUAUUGAGCAUUUACUUGUGACAGGCAGUGUGAUAAAUUCUUUAAAUGGAUUAUCCUCUAAUCCUCUUAAUAACCCUGUAUGAAAUAGAUAUUAGUAUCCCUAAUGGAAGAUUAGGAAACUGAGAUACCUUAGUGGCUUGCUAAGUAACAGGCAGCUAGAAGGUAAUGCUGCUGAAAUCCAAACCCACACAGUCCAGCUCCUAACCACCAUACAACACUGCCGCCCUUUAUAGCCUGUGCUCACCAUUGUAUUUAAGUGUGGCUCUUCUGGUGAAUAGGACAUAACACUGAAUGAGAACUGAGGAAUCAACCACUGAAAGGUACAAAUCACAGCUAAAUAAUGAGGAACAAAUCAAGACCUCUAAAAAAUGAAAGCAUAGAUGUUUUUUAGCAUCAUCAGUUAUCAGCUUUGCAGAAUUUGAAUGAUGAAAACUACGGAUUAUCUGUAACUCCCAAAGGUCACUGUUCUUGAAUGACUUUCUUAGACUAUUUAUUGAUGAGUUAGGAUAACCCAUGCUUUGUUUUCCCCUCUCUGCAUCCUCUGUUGGUAUAGGAAAUUCUUUUACUCAUAUAGUGUUCUUUAUAUAAGCUUCACAAGAAAUUCAUUCCGAUCCCACUCACUCUUUCCAUAUGUUUUUGUUCUUCCUUAAGAAUAACUGUGUGUGUUUAUGUGUGUGGUAUAAAUGUAUAAGACCUUGGUCUUUUUUUACAUGUGAAGUUUUAUCUAGAAAUCUCUUUACAGAUUAUGUUCAGGUGAAAAGCAGAUAAUGUUCAAGAUUCUGUAUUAGAUUUGGAUUUGUGUGUGUGUGUUUUUAAAGCAUUUGAUAAAGCUUAAAUGUUUUUAUACAGAGAUUUUUGUUCAUUAAAAUCAACCUGCAA